AUGGCAGGCGCGCCCAGAUACCCCGAUCCCGGCUCAGGAUGGCUGCCUUAUCAGCCUCUCAUCACUCGUCUUUGGAUGGACGACAAGCGGCCCUUGCGAGAAGUGAUGCAGAUCAUGGAAACUCAAUAUGGCUUCAAAGCAACGUACUCUCUAUGGAAUCGAAUAUGUUUAGACUUAGCUAAUGGCUGCAGUACGAAAAUGUACAAGUCCAGGCUUAGUGCUUGGGGUCUCUCCAAGUAUAAUAAGUUGAACAACGCGCAGGAGAUUCUUCGACGGCGGGAAAGGCGGAGGGCUCUUGGAAAGAAGUCAAUCUUUGUUCUUCGGGGUCGCCGUGUCGAUAUGGCUGAUAUUGAACGAUAUGCAAAACGGAAAGGACUCGAUGUGAGUUUGGGAGAGCCUGCACCAGUGGAAUCUAUCAAGAUACGGGACCUUGUGUGUUUGACUCCGCCGCCAACACCUUCGCCCUUGGAUGCUCCCGCCCCGCUGCAAAACAUGGAACGCUUCCUGCAAUCCUUGGAUGCCUUUAUGCAAGAGUCUUUACAAUCAGGUGCAUGGAAUUUAGAAAGCGACAUAGGAGGAUUCGCAUGCUUGCGAGGCCCUGCUUAUCCUGCAAGCGCGCGGGAUGGCUUCUUCUCAUUCAUUGAAAGAGGCAUCCAAAGGUAUAGCUGGGAACAAACGACACAAGCCUAUCGUCAGUGGCGGCUAGCAGGUUCCAGCCUACCCAGCAUUGUACGCACCAGGAACCCUUCACAACUGGUUUGUCUCCUCGGGCUCCUUGCUCGCUUGGCUAAAUACGAGGGUGAUGUUGCGGCCUUGUUGCUGCGCUACUUGCGCCACCUCGUCGAGAAGGAGCAGGGCUUCUCUGACACGCGCCUGGCAAUGAUCCAAAGCUUAAGUCGGCUCGAAACAGGAAACUUGAUUGCGCUUGUGGGAGCAUCCAACGACUGUUGUCUCAACGCCUUCCGCAACCACUUUUCCGGCAAUUCAUUCUUUCUACUGGAAUCCGAAAUCUUCCUCGCGGACUCUAGCACGGGCUCACCACAGAUUGCAUACGGCGCGAACUGGCGCAACGACCCCAUUCCUGCUUACGGUAUUGUCGCAUACACAGAUAUACGCUCUACAAGGGCCCUAUUGGCGCUUUUGAUGGCCGCUCAGAAAUACACAGAGGCAGAAUCCGUUGCCUUGAACAGCCUCACAAAAUUGCACCAAAUGCGCUACGACGGAGUUGUCGGAGGUGCGAUUUCAUUUACAUACAGCUCCCUCAUACACCUUUACCUUUCAAAAGAGAACUACGAGAAGGCUUAUCACAACAUGGUCAUGAGAGUCGAGAAUGACUUUGCGGUGCUGGCUUACCGAAGCGAUCUCCCCGACGACUCUCUCGUCGGGAGGUACUAUCAACUCGCGCGUCUAGCACGCAGGCUGGGUAGGCAUGGCGAUGCAGACAAAUGGAACCAUGAAUACAAUAUCCUCAAAUCGGGGGCUGAUCAUUUGGCCGAGAGGGAACUCUCUUGCCUGGGACUUGCGCUCAAUAUGUCCAACCCGGAGCAAACAUGCGGACCCGUUGGAUCUGCAGAACCUCGGUCGCAUUCAAUUCCCGAAUCGCCCCUGGAGAUGGAUAUCGAAGGAAGUUUGGCGACACCAACUUGCAAUGGUCACACGCUUGAUGAGCCGGAGACCGCACUCGGAUCGUUCUCGAAUGGAAGAUCUGUCAUCCUUGGUGGCAGACCCAAACAACGCAGGCCCAAAGAAGGCAGACCCAAAGAAGGUAGACCCAAAGAAGGCAGACUCAAAGAAGGUAGACCCAAAGAAGGCAGACUCAAAGAAGGCAGACCCAAAGAAGGCAGACCCAACGAAGGCAGACCCAAAGAAGGCAGACCCAAAGAAGGCAGAACCGACCACCCUAAGCCCUUGUGCUGCUGGUAA